UGAUUCUGGUCUUAUACAAUUGAGCCCAUACAGAAAACAUUAUUGACGUUCUGCGAGAUGAUCUUACGGUCAUAUAGAGCACCAGAAAAAUGUCCUAUUACAACGUUGAUGCAAUCUUGACAGAGACCCAGAAAAUCCCUUGUACGUUUCAACUCGAUGUGCCGGGACUUGGAUAUCUUGAUGGCAAUGCCGGAGGAAUGAUAAAAGCUGGCACGACCAUCGAACUACCCAUGUGGUUGGGUGUGAUGCUUGCUGUGUCAACAGGGAAUACGCCUGGUUCUUCUCAGCUAGUCACGCUGAAUUUCCCCGCGCCUCUUCAGCAACGAGUGAUCAAUGCAUUGAAAGCGGACCCGAGGACGGUUGACUUGAGGGCUCAAGCACCACACUUUUAUGCAUUAUCUGCACGUGUAAUGGAACUUUUUGAUGACCAGGCUGUACUGGACACGCUCAUCGAUACAUUCAAAGCACGAGCGCUGGAGGUUGCCGAUCAAGCACAUAACCCUCGAGGAGCCCUCGGUGAUGGUGCAGAUUUCCUGCGUGGACUAGAGGAGACCGAGAGGCAGCUUUUCAAGGCUGCACAUGAAGGGCCGAAAGCAGUGAAGGCAUGGACGCAAGACCUGAAGAAGAACACUUAA